CAAUACUUGAAGACAGACUUUUCCUUGAUACAAAACAACGAACAUCCUCAUCUCUCAACAGGCAUCUACCCAAUACCUACACCGCAUUAGACUUUGGAAACGAACCAGCAUCACUACACCAACCAUGUCCCUGCCAACCAUGCUCCGCACACUACGCCAAUCCACACGCUUCCAACAUGGGCUCUUCCAGACCUCGCGUACUACUUUCCCUCCUGCAAAAGCCUUCUGCACGUCUUCUCCCAACAAAAAACUAAUGGACACUUCCAAACCCGCCUCCAACAUUCCAGACCCGCACCCCAACUCGAGCGCAGCACCAAACGCCAAAGUGCGGUCUGACAGCCAGCACACAGACCAGCAGUCGAGUGCUUCGCGUGAUGAGGCUAAGCAGGGGGAUGAGCAUCCAGCGAAGCAGCCGGAUUUCCAGGAGCAGCCGGAGAGGACAACGGGGAUCGGGGGUGGGGAGCAGGUUAAAGGGGGAAAGGAGGGGCUGGGUGAGAGGACCUAGUGUGAUGGGUGUAGAGGAUGUGGAUGAAAGAAGUGUAUAGUAUUUCUGUUGGGGGAAAUGAAAUGAUCAAGUUGAUAGACAUGAAAAAAAAGCACGAUAAAAGACUCAACUGUAUUUAUCACACUCAUCCCUACUAGCUGUCUAGUUUGUCCCCGCGUUCAUGCCAGUAUUAAUCUUGUAGGAGUUCAAGAAGGCAGACCAACAACCUGGAAAUUGUA